AUGUCAAACCAAAAAGCAGAAUACGUUACAUUGGAUACUUCUGUAGGAUCAUUCACUGUGGAGUUAUACACUGCUCAUGCACCGAAGACAUGCAACAAUUUCUCCAAACUUGCAGAAAGAGGGUAUUAUAAUGGAGUGAUAUUUCAUCGAAUCAUACCUGGAUUCAUGAUUCAAGGUGGAGAUCCAACGGGAACAGGUAGAGGUGGAACUUCUAUAUAUGGAGACAAAUUCGCAGAUGAACUACAUCCCGAAUUGCGAUUCGUUGGUGCCGGUAUUUUAGCUAUGGCAAAUUCAGGUCCUAAUACAAAUGGUUCACAAUUCUUCAUUACAUGUGCACCAACACCUUUUUUAGAUGGUAAACAUACGAUAUUCGGUCGAGUUUCAUCAGGUAUGAAAACCAUUCAACGUCUAGAAGCCGUACGGACAGACUCAGAAGAUCGACCUGUAGAGGAUAUAAAAAUACAUAAAGCUAGAUUAGGUGAUGCUGCUCCUCUUUCGAGUGGGAUGGACGUGGCUAGAAUAGCAUUGUAA